AUGAGCUUAUGUGCCACUACAUGCGUUAAAGUUCCUUGUUUCAAACUGUCUACACCUCUCCAACACCCUUUUACCCCCAGUUAUACUUCUAGCCACGUAGGUUCUCCUCCAAGCACUCCUUCUGUCUCUCCUAGAGGAUCAGUGGCGAGCACAGUCUUGGAAUCGGACGACGAUUCCUUCCCUUUGACACCUGAUUCUAAGCACUCAGGUGACACACACCAUGUCGCCGAUAUCUCAUGCAGAGCUGGACCAUCAACUAGUAUAAGUCGGUACCAUAAACAGCAUCACAUUGACAGUUACAAUUAUUCCUUCCAUCCGUAUCGCCGGGCACCAUCUUUUCAAGAUCGGUGUGCCUUUGAAUGUAUGUUGGGCAGCUCUGACUGUGACAAUUCAUUGGAAGAUAUGAAGGGCAAGACUGAUGAUUGGUUUUUGAGGCAUAUGGAUGCGCUUGGACCCCAAUCUUUCCGCCUUGUUGUUCACUACAAGGAGGCCGUCCGUGAGCACCAACGCCUGGACCUCUUUGUGGCAUACUGGGCACGAGAGGAGAGCAAAAGGCUCGAUAAUCUCCACCAGUUCAUGCUCCAGGCAGCCCAGGGAGACUUUGUCAGAGCAGAGCGAGAAGCCUCAGUGUUGAUGAAAAGACUUCUUGAGAAGCAUCCUCCGUCUACUGACAUAGAUGCCCAAUCUCUCGCUAUGCUCAGCGAGCACAACAAGAAAUAUCUCUGCAGGACUGACACUCAGCUUGACCUUUUGAAAGAUUGUAUCGUGCAGAGGCAGAUGGCAAGUUCACGUGAUGAUGAUUCAAACAACAAUUUGGACGCUGCCGCCUGA